AUGCUUAAAAUUACUACCUUUAAACGUUCGUGUUUCACCUCUAGAUUGAUUUUAAAGUCUACCACUAUCAAGCGAAACUUUGCCCAAUCUGUUGGCAAAGUCGAUGAUACUGUUGGUUUGAUUGGUAGCAAGACAUUGCCAAUCUCAAAGGCGAUGCAAAAAGCUUUGACUACUGAUAAACCACUUCACAAUUGGACACAGGAUCAAAUCGGUGAAAUAUACAACACCCCACUUCACGAUCUUCUUUUUUACUCACAAUUGAUUACACGCAAGUUUUUCAAUCCAUCUGAAAUCCAGUUUUGCUCAUUGCUGUCCAUCAGACAGGUGGUUGCACAGAAGAUUGCAGAGAAAUUACUUGAUUUGGACACGGUUUUCUCCCAGGCGAAAAAAGCCAAGCAAAAAGGUGCAACCAGGUUUUGCAUGGGUUCUGCAUGGAGAGGAAUGCAUGGAAGAAAGUCUGCUCUUAAAAAGAUCAGUGGAAUGGUGAAAAAGAUCAAUGAUGAACUAGGAAUGGAAACAUGUGUCACACUUGGAAUGCUGGAUGAUGGCCAGGCGGAGGUGUUAAAGAAGGCUGGAUUAACUGCUUAUAAUCACAAUAUUGAUACUUCAAGGAAUCAUUACAAGAACAUCAUCAGUUCUAGAACAUUUGAUGAUCGGUUAGCUACUGGUAAAAGAGUCCAGGAUGCUGGAAUUUCAUUGUGUCAAGGUGGCAUUUGUGGCUUGGGAGAAACAGAUGAUGAUAGAAUUUCCUUCUUGCAUACAUUAUGCACUUUGAAAGAACAUCCAGAGUCUGUUCCUAUCAACAAAUUGAUUCCAAUAAAGGGAACCCCGUUGGCAGAUGAGCUUAAAACAAAGUAUAAAGGUAGGGAACUUACAAUGGAGCAACUCCUUAGAACAAUUGCUUCUGCAAGAUUGUUAAUGCCUGCAUCUAUUGUCAGAUUAGCCGCCGGAAGAUACACCAUGAAAGAAUCAGAACAAUUACUAAUUUUCAUGGCUGGAGUCAACGCAAUAUUCACUGGCGAAAAAAUGCUUACAACAAUGUGUAAUGGUUGGGAUGAAGAUAUUAAUAUGCUUAAAAAAUGGGGAUUUGUUCCGAUGAAAUCCUUCACCAGAAGUACUCCAAACGCUCAUUUGAGAAUUAAUAUAGAUUCCAAGAGUAAGACUUUUAGUAUUAAUUUAGCCGAAAAUGUUCCGAUUACUGAACGAGCACUGAAAGAGCACUGUGAAGAGAGUGGAAGUAUAUAA